AUGUCCACGUCUGCUGCUCCAGAAAUUAGAAUUGCGCAAAUAAAGGGAUCUAUUCCGACAUGCACGCCCAACCUCAUGCCCUUCCACAUAGCCUACGCCGGCCCCGCCCCCAUCUCGACGUACUUUCGCGUCAAACCUGCACCACCGCUUACCUAUGGUAAAGAAGCUACACCCCGGAUCACGCCGAGCUCCAGUGGAGACUCCACACCUCCUUCUGCGGAUGCACAGACCGCAUCAGGUUCUUCACAGUCCACUCUGGUCGCUAGCUCCUCCACCGCGUCAAUACCUGCGACAUCGGUAACCUCCUUGGACACUGCCGUAGAUGUCGAGAUGGUGGAGGAGGGAAACUCAUUACUAAACACGAGCAAACGUUUCGUGGCUGCAUUCAGAGGCCGGAUAAUGCAGGGUCUAACGGUGGAACUGCCCCAGGGAUACGCUGGGAUCGUCUUGCGGACGCCGGACGACGGGAAGGACAAACACGCUGGAGCGAGCAGAGACGUGGAGUUGGAGAGAGAAAAGGCAAGAGAUAAGGGUAAGAAAGCGGGCAAGCGCAGUACCCGUCGCUCGCGUGCCACGGAAGUGGACCCUGGAGAGGAUGGAGACACUGGGGACUUCAAUAUGGAAGCUGCAUGGGACCACGAUGCUCCAUCACGAGUUCUGGAACCAACAUCCUCUUUCUCCUCUUUCGUCCUGUGGCACCCCGACAUUCCCGUAGAUGAGGGCAAGGAUGAAUACCUGCGCUCGUUGACCGAUUGGACCAGGUUGGCAGCCGAGAUACACCGAUGUGAGGAUUGA